AACCACCACUGCCACUCCCAUCACAACCACCAUCUAUCCAUCCCUUUUUAAAAGCGUUGCAAAUCUGUCCCGAGUUUCAAACUGCAUCCCAGUCAGUCACCGGAGCGAUCCUCUGCCCUUUUGCCUGCCGCCAACCUAGCAUAUGGCUACUCAAAAAGUGAACUUGGCCGUGGUCAUUAAGAACCUGCUCGACAACACCGAGUUUCUCCUCCAAAAGCAGACGCCGCCACCAAAAUUCGAUGACCCUGAGUAUGAUUCCUAUCAAGAUUCUGAUCUUUGGGACCUGCCCUCUGGAGAAUUAUCUCUACUUGAGAGUCCACGGAGAAGUAUUCAAGUUCAAAUCGACCCUGAGGGCAAUUCCAUGUCCGAAUUCUUGAAUCGGUUUGACCUUGACUUUGGUCUUACUCAGGUGUUUGGACAAGUGGGAUUUGAAAAAGCCACAAGUAUAAAGUGGAGCUUUUCAAAGGUCGUAGAGGAGCCAGAAUUUGGACCUGGUGUCCCUGUUAAGACGGUCUAUAUAUUUGGAGAAUUGGAAUCAUAUGGUGGAGAGUUAAAAGAUGGCUGUAAGUGGGUUAGUAUCAAAGGAUGUGAAGAAUUGCUUUUGGAAGUGAAGACUCAUGAUGCUCGUAUAGGUCCAUUAAUUGUUGAUGGACUUCUGAAUGAUUCAAUGCAGCUUACAAGUAUCAGUAUCCCUUCCUCCCUAAGAUAUCAGGAAUAUCCUCCUGGUGUAAAAUUGUUUCCAAUGAGCAGCAGAACUGCUAGUCCAUUCCACACCACAAAUUUAGUUGUGUUUUCCCCUGCAAUCAGUAAUUGUAGUUCGGAUACUGAUAGUUCUUUUGCAAGUGGAGAUGCACUCAUCGUGGAUCCUGGAUGCAACUCUUCCAUGUACAAAGAGCUGGAACAAAUUGUUACUGCACUCCCAAGAAAGCUGGUUGUAUUUGUAACCCAUCAUCAUCAUGAUCACGUUCAUGGUCUCUCUAUUGUCCAGAAGUACAGCCCUGAUGCUAUUCUCAUGGCUCAUGAACAUACAUUUCGUCGAAUAAGGAAGGAUGAUUGGUCUUUGGGAUAUAUUCCAGUUUUGGGAUCUGAAGAAAUCUGCAUUGGUGGUCAGCGAUUGAAACUCAUUUCAGCUCCUGUAAACUCCAAGCACUGUUUGAGUUUAAUAAUACAUUUGUAUUUCUUAACUAUCUUCAGUGAACUGAAAAGUAUAGACUACAGAGCGUUACUAGUUUUGCUGCAUGAAAUUUUUCCUUAUAAAGCAUUUAUUAAUCCUAGGUUCUGUGUUGACGUUCUUGAAUUUUCACUUAUUAUCAACAACUUCACUGUCUUGAUUCUAUCCCACAACCUAUAUGUUGUAUUACUUGGCAGGACAUGGGUGAACUUAUUGUUCUGUCAUGGAAUUCUCUUUUCCCUUAAAGUUAAUCACAGUUGCUUUUUCAUGGAAAAAUAUUUUCAGGGUCAUACAGAUGGCCAUAUGGCAUUGCUUCACGUCUCUACUAACUCAUUGAUAGUUGGUGAUCAUUGUGUAGGCCAAGGAAGUGCAAUCUUGGAUAUUACUUCCGGUGGAAAUAUGACUGAUUAUUUUCAAACUACAUACAAGUUUAUAGAGAUGUCCCCACAUGUACUAAUUCCUAUGCAUGGUAGACUUAAUGUGUGGCCAAAGCACAUGCUCUGUGGGUAUCUCAAAAACCGCAGAAGCAGAGAAUCAACCAUCUUGAAAGCCAUAGAAGAAGGAGCAAAGACAUUGUAUGACAUUGUAGCAUAUACAUAUGCUGGUGUUGAUCGAAGUCUUUGGGCUCAUGCUGCUUCAAAUGUGAGACUACAUGUGGAUCACCUUGCCUCACUGAAUAAAUUGCCCAAGGAGUUCUGUCUGAAGAAAUUUCAAUCCUCCUGCAAGUUGCAGUUCUUUUCACGUUGGGUAUGGGGAUAUCUAUGCACUUCUCUCUCCAUAGAGCAGCGUCAGCUAAAGAUUGCUGCAGGGGCUGCAGCAGCCAUUGCUGUUCUGUACUUUGGUAGACAUAAGUGGUAAGCAUAAACAUACUUGUAGUAGAAGAAAAGGAUUAGGAAUGUCUGCGCACUCCUGUAAUAUCGAUAUUCGCUUUAAUUUAUUUGUCUUUAUUGAGUGGAUGCA